AUGAGAUUUUUAUUUUGUGGAGAUAGCAAUUGUCCAGAAUGGUUUUUGGCUGAAUCAGCUCUUCUAACUAAAAUUGUAUUAAAGAUGUAUUAUAAGUUUAGGCUUCUGUAAAAAUGAAAUUAGUGACAUAAUACAUUUUAUAGAAUAUAGUUGAAGGAAUUGAUACUUCUGCUAAGAUAUUUAAGAUGUUGGAAGGAUCAGGUUUUAAUUAAUAAGAAAUCAAUUCUACUAUUGCAUGUGUAUCAUAUAUUGUUGAAAACUCUGCAAAAUAUGAUGUUUCAGAAUAGAUAUUAAUAAAAGAGCUUAUUGAUUUGGGUUUACCUAAAGAAAAUUGUGAAUAAUUAAGCAAGACAUUUAAAUAAUACAAAGAUAAAUUAUAAUAGAUUUAUGAAAACUAAAUAAUAAGAAGUAUAACAAAUAAUAAUAUUAAAAGUUGGAAAGGCUGUAGAGUUUCAUUAUGGAAUAAGUAAAUUUAUAGUAUCUGAGAGUGUGGCUCCUUAGAAAUAGAUUGAAGGUAACAGAUUUAUAGACACAAACAUAACAUUUUAACAUGAUAAUGGAAAAUAAGAAUGCUGUUAAUUUGUUAUAUUUCCUGAAUAAUUAGAAGAUAUGCUUAAUAGUUUUAAAAAAGCUUAGAAAUUAAUGAUGUAGUUGUGA